CUGGACUCGUGGCCCGUCUACUGGGGUGGUAAACUGUGCGAAAACGGUGAUCCAAGGUGCCCAUCAAAAAUUAGGUUUGGACUAGGACCUGUCCCAGGCACGUACUAUGUAGAUCCAAACGAUGCAAUGCCUGAUUACGACCAGCUAACAACCGUUUAUGCCGGUGAAAAGCAUUUGAUCGAAAUCAAAGUUCAAGCAAAUACAAAAAUUAGCUGGCAGUAUAUGACAUCCGAAGAAGACAUCGGCUUUGCUAUACACUUUGACAAGACGCUGAAGGCAAACAAUCUGAUGCAAAUGGAAACCGUUUUCCCAUACAUUCGGCUCGAAUGUUCGCAAGUACCUAUAUCGGGUUCCAUCGUGUGCGAGAACGCUGGACGAUAUAUCAUCGAAUUCGAUAACUACUACUCGUGGUUCUCAGCCAAACAGCUACGUUAUAAUAUCGAAAUAGAUCAGCUAUGA